AUGGGUAAGAUUGUCUGGCGCUUGAGAGAUUCUUUUAAAUUCAGUGACCUAAUGGGAAUUCAUGCUUGCAAUGGGCUGGUGGCAAUUGCUUUAGUAAUUCAUAGAGAUGAUGGUCGUUCUACCAGAUUUUUUGUGUAUAACCUCACUACUGGUCAACAUAGCCGUAUACCACCCGCCUAUUCUUCUAAUUGGACUGGGCCUGUUCAAGAAUAUAAAAAUUUUGCAGCUCUGAACAUUGCAUAUGAUCCAUUGCAAUAUGAUCACUAUAGAUUGGUGUACGUUUGGGUGGAUGAUUCGGAUGAUUUGGAAGAGUUGUAUGAUUCUGAAACUGGGUAUUGGAGGGACGCCAAAUGUGGACUGGAUUGUGGUUAUGAUGAUGUUUAUUGGAAGGGAAUAUUAUGGAAUGGAGAUCUUUUUUGGGUUUGCCGACGCUGGAACAUUGUAUGUGUUGACAUUGAGACGGCUCGUCAGAAGUGUAGUGUGUGUCCUUUUCCUUGUCCAGACAAUAUACUCUCUCCCACCCAGAAAAAGUAA